CGUCGCGACGACGUCCCGCCCCGCGAGUGUCGCCCGUCUCGCCGCGUGUGUUGAGUGAGCAGCGUGCAGCGCCAAGUGAUUGUGCCAGUGUGUGAGUGGCUGCAAGUCCCAAGUGACUGGCGGCACGGCGUUGCCGCGGCCGUCGCCUCUUUGGCCGGUUUGUGCGCGGAGCCUUGUGGAGCCUGGUGGAGCCUACGCGGAGCGGCAACGUCGGCAGCCCUGUGCCCGUCUUGCCCGCGCUGCUCAUUGGGCAUCCCGCUGGGCCAAGCCGUCGUCUGCCGACGAUGCGGAUCAACGGCAGGGAUGAAGAGGACGCCAACAAGUCAGAAAUGGAUGACAUGAUUGAAACAGAGAAUGAAUCUCUUCGGGAGCGUGUUUCCGACCUGGAGAAGAAAGCCUUAGAUCAAGGUGAUGAGAUUGUUUGUCUACGGUCGACCCUGGCAGAUGUCCUGCGACGAUUGACCCUAUUGGAAAAUGCUGUCAAUUCAAGAGGAGGCUUGUCUCCAUCUUCAACUGGAACUGUUACUCCAGUCAGAAAUGGUGGAUUUAGAGGAGCACUCAAUAAUCACAUUUCACAAUUAAAAGAUGGUCCGUUGGGAGGAUCUCGGCUAAGACAGCCAAUGUACCACCAAUCUAGUGUCGAGAGUAAUAAUUCCAUUAAGGAAAUUGCCCACCGUAGUAAUGUUCCCACAGCUUUGCCACAAAGGCGCGGAGUGCAUUAUCAAUCAACUGGAUCCCUGCAUUCAGACUCCCCGAGCAGCAAUAGUGUUUCUCCAGUUCCUACCUCACCAUCACCAACCCAUACACCUCCACCAAGAGUAUCGCCAUCUCCCAGGCAGUCUCAACCACCCACACCAACUCGGUCAACAAAUUCUAAUCUUCAUUUUGCAAAGCGGUGGAGUUCAACUGGAGAUUUUAACAACUCCCCUCACAAUGGUGGCUCUAUGAACUCAAGACUUGCCACGAAAUCUUUGUUGAACCUCAACGUGCGGGUGCAGUCUCCUCACAACAUGUUGAAACACGGCACUCGUGAUGCAACUUACAAUGAAGAAGAGAAAAUUUUGAGAAUGUUUCUAAGAGGCCGACCAAUUAUCCUCUAUGCUCCAUCAUCUCUAGCUGAAACCUAUGAUAUCACCAAAGUUACCACUCCUCCUCAAUCAAAAUUGAAGCUUGAUUGGGUUUAUGGCUACAGAGGCAGAGACUGUCGAUCAAAUCUUUACCUUCUGCCAACUGGAGAGAUGGUUUACUUUGUUGCCGCAGUAGUAGUUCUUUACAAUGUUGAGGAACAGAGUCAGAGACACUACUUAGGACACACAGAUGAUAUUAAGUGUAUUGCCAUUCAUCCCAACAAAUUACUUGUGGCUACAGGACAAUGUGCUGGACAUGAUAGGAGAGAGUCACGACCUCAUAUUCGAAUCUGGGACUCAGUGACUUUGAAUACUGUUGCCAUACUUGGAGCUGGGGACUUCGAAAGAUCAAUAUGCUGUAUUUCUUUCUCUAAAGCUGAUGGUGGACAACUACUGUGUGCAGUGGAUGAGGCAAAUGAUCACAAUAUUUCAGUUUGGGAUUGGCAGAAAGGAGAGCGAGGCCAGAGAAUUACUGAGACAAAGUGCUCAGUUGAUACAGUGAUUGCUGCAGAAUUCCACCCUCUAGAACGAAACUGCAUAGUAACAUGUGGAAAAUCUCACAUCAGUUUCUGGACUCUAGAUGCUGGUGGCACUUUGUACAAGCGCAUGGGAAUAUUUGAGAAUAGAGACAAGCCAAAGUAUGUUACAUGUGUUGCAUUCAACCAUUUGGGUGACGUCAUUACUGGCGACUCAAAUGGAAGCCUUAUCAUUUGGGCUCGAGGGACAAACACUGUGUCAAAACUUGUGCGCGGUGUCCAUGAUGGCCCUGUGUUCUCAGUUUGUGCUCUCAAAGAAGGCUCUAUUGUCUCUGGAGGAGGAAAAGAUCGGCGAAUUGUGCAGCUAGACUCUCAGCUUAAUGCCUCUGGUCUGGAACGACAGGUACCAGAUCAUGCCGGGGGAAUCCGAGUAAUAUCAGAGGGGCGUGGGUCACAGCUCCUUGUUGGAACUACAAGAAAUUGUGUUUUGGUGGGAUCCUUAUCGAUGGGUCUCAGCACUGCCCUCACCGGCCACUUGGAUGAACUGUGGGGCCUUGCCGUACAUCCAAGCCUUCCUCAAUUUGUUACUGCAGGCUAUGAUAAGUCAUUAAACUUGUGGGAUUCUAUGUCUCACUCAUUAAUUUGGAGCAAGGACCUUUCUGAGGCAGCCCAGUCUGCUGCUAUUUCUCCUGAUGGCAGUAUUAUUAUCGUUGGCUGCGUAACUGGUCAUUGGUUUGCUCUUGAUUCACAAACCCGGGAAAUAUUUACAACUCAUGCUGAUGGAGCAGAACCUAUCCAGGUCAUUAAGUUUUCUCCAAAUGGCCAAUUCUUAGCUUUGGGAUCCAGGGACAAUAAUGUGUACAUUUAUCAAUGUGGUGGGGACACAAGAAAAUACAACAGGGUUGGUCGUUGCAUGACGGAAAGAAAACGAAAGAGAAGUAGCUCUCUUACAAGUUUUUUGGGUCACUCCAGUUUCAUAACUCACUUGGAUUGGUCUGCUGACAGUCAGUUACUCCGGAGUAAUUCUGGAGAUUAUGAGGUCCUCUACUGGAAUGCUGGUCUGUGCAGGCAAGUUCCUCAAAGUUCCUCAAUGAGAGAUGUGGAGUGGGCGUCUAACAGCUGCACAUUGUCUUUUGAAACUAUUGGUAUAUGGCCAGAAGGUGCUGAUGGCACAGAUGUCAAUUUUUGUGAUCGGGCUAACAACAAGAAGCUUCUUGCGACUGCAGAUGACUUUGGUAAAGUGAAGCUGUACACGUAUCCAGUCACCCAACCAAGGUCUUUAUGCCAUAGCUAUGGUGGACACAGCAGCCAUGUAACUGCAGUGACAUUCUUGCACGAUGAUUCUCGCCUGAUUUCAACUGGUGGGAAGGACACAGCCAUAUUGCAAUGGGCUGUAGUUUGAAGCACAAGGUGCAGGGGGUCAUUGUGAACCAAGUUUAAUAUUCCAGUAUUGUACUUGCUCAGAAGCCUUUACAAAUUUGAUUGUUGAACAAGCAAGAUAAACUUGUUUUGUUUUAAUUUUUCUAGAUACAUACGUAUUAUUCAUAAUAUCAUUUCCUUGGUUUCUGGUGAUCUCUCUGUCCAUAUUCUGCAAACAUUCAGCUAAGAAGUAGAUAAAUGUGAUAUAUGUACAAUAUAAAUUUUGACAUUUAGUGAUGUCGAGGUUCAUUGUGUGUUAACAUAAAUUCCAGAGUGUAGUUUGCAUCCAUGGACUCAUGACAGGAAAUUUUAUUUGUGUGUAAUUUUAUUUUGCCUCUGGAAUUAGUUUGUUUAUAUUUUGCCCAACUGCAUUUGAAACUUAGUGAGAUAAUUGCAAAUAUUGCAGUGUCAGGAAACAAUUAUCACUAAUCUUUAUUACUUGAAAUUUUGUAGCAACAAUAGGACUUGUAUGUAAUAAUUCCAAUUUUAAGUGCUAUUUGAAUUUGUCCUUAUUCUCUUGUACUUUUUGCUGAUAUUGAGGUGUAUUUUAAGAAUGUUGAGAGAUGAACAAGAGAUCAUGGUGCUCUUAUUCAACAUCAUUUCUGUCUGUGAUGUAUUUGUAACAUAUUGUCAAAGUUGGAGCUUUGCUAUCAAUUUAACUUUAACAAUAGAGCCAUUUUAUAUUCUAAAUCAUGAAGAGCUGCAACCUUUUUCUUUCUUUCUUUCUGUAAAUCAACAUCUUCUGUGUAAGAUGUUUCUUUUGUGUUUGUGUGCACAAGUUACUGUGUCAAGUUGUUCUUAUUAAAGAGAAGAAAAUCAAG